CAUUCUGACUUCCUCCGGACAUAGAUCAUUCUCUCUCUGAAGCCAUGAUUUUCCCAACACUGGCCUUCAUUGUCUAUUCGUUGCUAACUCAGGGGAACAAAGCUGCCUGGAGGAGACCCAUACCAAAAUGCUGGAAGAAUAGUUUAGGGCACUGCAGAGUCCGAUGUCAAGAAGAGGAACGAUACAUAUAUCUGUGUAAGAACAAAGUAUCAUGCUGCAUUCACCGAACUCUAUCAGAAGACAAACUACCCUCAGAACCUCCCAUAUACACUGUAACAAGAGUCAUCCCUAGUUUCACUGCACCAGUGAUCCGAUUUAUUGAUAACAAAAACUGGGAUGCAAAUGAGUCUAAAACACCCACAGGAACUACCUUCAAUCCUGCAGGCAUUGGCCAGACACCCACAGGAACUAAUGUAAAAUUGGAUGCAAAUGAGUCUAAAACACCCACAGUAACUACCGUCAAUCCUGCAGGCAUUGGCAAGACGCCCACAGGAACUACCGUCAAUCCUGCUGGUAUUGGCAAGACACCCCCAACCACCGCACCUAUUUAUUCCUGGGCCACUAACACUAAACCAUUCACUAUGAUGUCUAAUACUACUUAAAUAAUUUGUCUCCUUUUGUGUCUGGGAUAGGAACACCUCCCA